AUGGUCCUCCAAAAGCAACCAACACAAAAUCCUCGGAAAAAUGUGGAGAUACAGGACUUAAAGAUUGGAACAUGGAACGUGCGCUCUUUAUACAGGACUGGAACACUGAAAACAGUAGUAUCUGAACUUGGCAGAUACGGACUGGCUAUAUUAGCAAUUCAAGAAACUAAAUGGCCCGGAUCUGGCAACCACAAAACAGAGAAAGCAACAUUAUUCUACAGCGGAGGAUUAGGACACGAAAGGGGAGUUGGUUUCGUAGUCAGUGACAGGAUACUUCACAACAUUAAGCGAUUCGAGGCAAUUAAAGAUAGACUAUUUCUCUUGGAAAUUCAAGCUAAAUGGUUCAAUAUAAUACUGAUUAAUUGCUAUGCUCCAACAGAGGACAAAGACGAAGAGACAAAAAAUGAUUUCGCUAGAAGCGCUAUAUGA